AUGCUGCGUUUUAAUGGGGCAAGACAGGUGCUGAGCUGUGGGAAGCGUUACUACGCUUCUGCUGGCGGUGCUGCCGCGAGAGAGUUGCAACAGCGACCCGUGGAGCAUGCUACGCAGGAGUCUGCGUUUGACUACGAUGGGUUUAUUGAGUCUGAUCUGGCCGCUAAGCGGAGGGACAAGUCGUACCGGUACUUCAACAACAUUAACCGUUUGGCGAAGGAGUAUCCGCUGGCGCACCGGAAGAACGAGGCGGACAAAGUGACCGUUUGGUGUUCUAACGAUUACUUAGCGUUGUCGAAAAACCAGGAGGUGAUGGAUGCGAUGAAGAAGGCGAUUGACAAGUACGGUGCUGGUGCUGGUGGGACGCGGAAUAUCGCGGGCCACAACAAGUUGACUUUGCAACUGGAGUCCGAGUUAGCCUCUUUGCACAAGAAGGAAGGAGCGCUUGUGUUCUCCUCCUGCUACGUUGCGAACGACGCCGUUUUGUCCCUCUUGGGUCAAAAAGUGAAGGAUCUUGUGAUUUUCUCCGAUGAGUUGAACCACGCAUCGAUGAUUGUUGGGAUCAAGCACGCGAACACGAAGAAACAUAUCUUCCGUCACAACGACUUGCAACAACUGGAGCAGAUGUUGCAGCAGUACCCUAAAUCGCAGCCAAAACUGAUCGCUUUCGAGUCCGUGUACUCGAUGGCCGGGUCCGUUGCUGACAUCGGCAAGAUCUGUGACCUCGCGGAGAAGUACGGUGCGUUGACGUUUCUCGAUGAGGUGCACGCCGUGGGGCUCUACGGUCCACAAGGUGCUGGUGUUGCUGAGCACGCAGAUUUCUCUGCACACUUGGCCGCCGGUUCCGCUGCGCCAGCGCACCCAACGGUGAUGUCCCGUGUCGACAUGGUCACUGGUACUUUGGGGAAAUCGUUCGGCAGUGUGGGAGGGUACGUCGCUGCGUCGAAACAGUUAACUGAUUGGUUCCGGUCGUACGCUCCCGGGUUCAUCUUCACGACGACACUCCCCCCCGCAGUGAUGGCCGGUGCCGCUGCAGCGAUCCGUUUCUCAAAGAGGCAUUUGGAUCUGCGUCAACGGCAACAGAUGAACACGCGGUACGUGAAGCGCGGGCUCGCUGAGUUGGACAUCCCCGUGAUCCCCAACCCAUCGCACAUCGUGCCCGUGCUUAUCGGGAACCCGGAUCUCGCGCGUCAAGCGUCAGACUUGUUAAUGGACCGCCACCGGAUCUACGUGCAAGCGAUCAACUUCCCCACUGUUGCGCGGGGCACUGAGAGGUUACGGAUUACACCUACGCCUGACCACUCGUUGGAGUACUGCGAUGUACUUUUGGCUGCGAUGGAGGACGUUUUCCGCGAGUUGCAAUUGCCCCGUACCAGCGACUGGGCCGCGAACGGCGGGUUGCUAGGGUGCGGUGACCCUACUGUGCCCGUGCAGCGGGAUCUGUGGACCGAUGAACAGUUGCAAUUGACGAAUGCGGAUCUGAACGCGAACGUGUACGACCACGCUGCUGAGGAGCUCGAAGUGUCCAGUGGCAUCAAGUUGUGA